UCUCAUGACCGCAACUCUCUUCAGCUUUUCCCCACCCGCUCACAAGUCUCAAAAGCCAUCGUUUAUCGCUCAACCCCACAACAGACAAAAGCGAAAGCCCGCAGCUUUUAGCCUCUUGACCUCUCUCAUGAUCUCAUCUCCCCUCUACAAAACCCCGCGCCCCCUCGCUUUCUCCGCCUGCCCCAUUGACCAUGGCUUCGAUCCCCGGCCUCUCCUCCACCUCCUCGCCACCACCUCCCUCAGUUCCCGCCCAAAAACGGAUCCAAAGCCCCCACCUCCUCCGAUCCCCUUCCUCCGCCGUCGGCCUCUUCAAUCCGUCGCCCGCGAGGUCUCCGCCGAUCUCUCGUCGCCUCCUCCGAUCACUAGCAAGAUCAAAGCCGUGCCUUCUAGAGAUCCGAUCGAUCUCUGGCAUCGAUACGUCGAGUGGCUUUACCAGCACAAGGAGCUGGGGCUUUACCUGGAUGUGAGCAGGAUAGGGUUUAGUGACGAGUUCUUGCAGCAGAUGGAGCCGAGGAUGCAGAGGGCGUUCGAGGCGAUGCGGGAGCUCGAGAAGGGGGCGAUCGCGAAUCCCGAUGAGGGGAGGAUGGUCGGGCAUUACUGGCUCAGGAACCCUAAGAUGGCGCCAAACGCGUUCUUGAUGCAGCAGAUCGAGAAGACGCUGGAUUCGAUCUGUGCGUUUGCGGAUAAGAUCAUCAGUGGCGAGAUUAGACCCCCCUCUUCUCCAGCUGGUCGCUUUACGCAGAUUUUAUCUGUUGGAAUUGGAGGUUCAGCUCUGGGGCCUCAAUUUGUUGCUGAGGCAUUAGCUCCUGAUAAUCCUCCUCUAAAGAUUAGGUUUAUUGACAACACAGAUCCAGCUGGAAUAGAUCAUCAAAUUGCACAACUUGGAUCGGAGCUAGCAUCUACCCUGGUUAUUGUAAUUUCGAAGAGCGGAGGUACCCCUGAAACCCGAAAUGGUUUGUUGGAAGUACAAAAAGCCUUUCGAGAAGCUAGGCUGGAUUUCUCAAAACAGGGUGUUGCUAUUACUCAAGAGGGUUCUUUAUUAGAUAACACUGCUAGAAUUGAGGGGUGGGUAGCAAGGUUUCCUAUGUUUGACUGGGUAGGAGGUAGAACCUCCGAAAUGUCUGCAGUUGGCUUACUUCCGGCAGCAUUACAGGGCAUUGACAUUAGAGAGAUGCUUGCAGGUGCAGCUUUGAUGGACGAGGCAAAUCGGACGCCUGUGGUGAAGAAUAAUGCCGCAGCAUUGCUUGCAAUGUGCUGGUAUUGGGCAACAGAUGGAGUGGGAGCUAAGGACAUGGUUGUACUCCCUUACAAGGAUAGCUUAUUGCUUUUUAGUAGAUAUCUGCAGCAGUUGGUCAUGGAAUCUCUUGGAAAGGAGUUUGACCUUGAUGGAAAUCGGGUUAAUCAAGGAAUAACUGUGUAUGGAAAUAAAGGAAGCACUGAUCAACAUGCUUAUAUUCAACAGCUGCGAGAAGGAGUCCUCAAUUUUUUUGCUACUUUUAUUGAGGUAUUACGUGAUAGGCCCCCUGGUCAUGACUGGGAACUUGAACCCGGUGUAACUUGCGGUGACUACCUAUUUGGAAUGUUACAGGGUACACGUUCAGCGCUUUAUGCUAAUGGUCGUGAGUCCAUCACUGUAACCAUUCAAGAGGUGACUCCUAGAUCAGUUGGAGCCGUCAUUGCACUGUAUGAGCGAGCAGUAGGAAUUUAUGCAUCUCUUGUCAACAUUAAUGCCUAUCAUCAACCUGGUGUGGAAGCUGGGAAAAAGGCUGCAGGAGAAGUUUUAGCUCUUCAGAAGAGAGUUCUAGCUGUUCUAAAUGCGGCCAGGUUUGAAUCUUUUGUGGAGCCAUUGACGCUUGACGAAAUAGCAGAUCGCUGCCAUUGCCCUGAAGAGAUUGAAAUGAUAUACAAGAUAAUUGCACAUAUGGCUGCAAAUGACAGAGCUGUCAUCGCGGAAGGCCACUGUGGUUCCCCAAGAAGCAUCAAAGUUUUCCUUGGAGAGUGCAAUGUAGACGAUCUGUAUUGAGUACUCGUUAGUGCUGUAGCUGAGUAAAAUGAACCAGAAUCUUUAUAUUCAUUCUUCAACCAAACGCUACAAAUGGCAAGUCAAAAGAUUAGACGCGAUCAUGUUAACUGCAACCAAUAGGGGGCACUAAACCCUUGAAUAAUCUGCAAAUAAGAAAUCUUGCUGCCUUUUUUGUGUCCCGAUAUUUUUCUUCUGUGUUUACUAGGCUUUUGGUCUUAAGUAAUUUGUAACUGCAAAAUCAGAAUGGUUAUGGUGAUUGCAACUUGCAAUUGUAGUACUUUGUAGUACUUCUUCUCUUUUGGGAAUUCAGAGGCAGCUGGAGCUGUCAUGAAUCUUGUUAUCUCCCGAAUAUUAUAUUGGUCUAGUUUGGAAAUUUUCCUUUCAGCAGUUACUUCA